AUGGCAAACAGUUCUAGCUGGACAUACACAUGGCGCCGAGACAACCAGGUAAUCCAUAGUGAUGACACAGUAACCUUUGGGCUGGAUAGAGCCACCUUGUCCAUUCGUUCUGCUUCACCCGCUCACGGAGGACUAUACAGUUGCUCGGGGAAGCUCAGGAGCAGGUCUGUUAUCAGCAACUUCACAUCUGGACUGCAGCUUACUGUUUAUGACGACAAACCAAUCAUCCAAAUGGAGCAGGAGCCUGAACACAUGGUCAUGCACACUGGCGAUUCCGUCACAUAUACCUGUCACAUCAAUGUUUCCUUUGGGUGGUGGUAUAUGUGGUUCAAAGACGACACUCAGCUCACUGUCUCUGGAAAGAAUUACACAAUAGGUUCUGUAGACAGAAAAAACACUGGAUCAUAUAAGUGUCAAGCAGCCAGAGGGAAACCUACUGCAAUAUUCAAGACGGAACAAAGUCGGCCUUUAAGGCUCAAAGUUGAGGAACGGCCAUCAGCAAAUAUUAUUGUGUUAACCGGUUGGUCUGAGGUAUUUUCCACUGACAGUCUUGUGCUUAAAUGUGAGGUUAAAGGCAAUGAAGACAAGUGGAACUACACGUGGUUUAUGGAAGGACAGUGGAUUCCGAAUUCAUCAUCUGACAAAUAUACGGUCACGCCCCAAAAUGACCCUAAGCAGAGCCAAUACGUUUGCCAGGGUAUUCGCUUAGGGCGACCAUCUUUCUCAAAAAAAAGUGAUCCUCUCACAACUAAGAACUUAUUGCUGAAGAGGCGGGUGCUCCUUUCGAUCUCGGGCUGCAUCUUCUUCGGCAUCCUUGCUGUUUUCUUCGGCUGUGUUAUUCUCAGAGUCACCAGAAAACCAGCGGAGGAUGAUGGAGGGCCAGAGGAGGCCGAGCUCUUUCUCACCAUGGCUCAGCUCAAGAACCGUGAUGACGCUCCUUGUCCACUGGUGGAUUACAUCACAAAUGAAGAACUAGAUCCUCCUACAAAAGAAGGCGUGGACAUUACUUGCACUGAAUCAAAUGCACCACUUGUAACCUUGCAGGAAGACCAAGCUGUGACAACAGAGAGCAGUGAUAGACCUCCAGAGGAAGAAGGUGCUCUGGUUUCCUUUCAACACUGA